UCAAGAGACACAGAAGUGGUUCGGCCGAGUUGUUAUACACCUUUGAGGUCUCCAUUGUUGCACAGGAUGAGUCCUAGAAAUUCUGAAAUCUUUCGUCAUCAGCAAUAUAAUUGUCACCGGAAAAUGUCACAAGAUGAUAAUGAUGCUGAGAGUCUUUCCUUUGAUAUCAAUAAGAGCAUUAGAGAAAUAAAAUCUCUAUGCAAAACUACACUUGUGCGAGUGGAAGAAUUGAGCAGUAAAGUUGAUGUCACAAUUAUGAAUCAGACGCGACUCAACCGGUCUCUUCUUCCAGCUGAGAAAAGAAUUAUUCGUCCAUCAGAUCUACCGGCUCUUCCUGUUUAUACAGAGGAUGAUCUGAAAGCUAUGGAGAGAUUUUUGGAAGACGAAUCUAAUUUGUCAGCAAUGGUUCAUUAUUUGGCUUCAUUUUCCUUGAAUAAAAUUGAAGGAAAAGCAGCUGCUCAAGUUAUGGCAAAGUUGAUAUCUAAUGUACUGGCCUGUUCCUACAAUUUUAAGGAUACUGACGGAAGUGGAAAAAAAGGCUUUCAAAAUCUGCAUCUUUGGGAGGUGGUUCAAGGUGUGAUACAAAUGCGAUUUCCUGAGAGUGAUCUCUCAGAUGCCAAAGAUUCUGUGAUGUCCUGGUUGCGAAAUGCUCCCUGGCGGAAGCAAGAGAAAGGAUCUAACACUGGGAAGAGGAAGAGCAAGAGCUUUCUAAAAGAAAGCUCUUAAGUACUUAAGAAAACAAGACAAUAAGUUUUUUCCAGUGUUACCUGUAACAUGUGAUAUUUUUUGCUGAUAGUGAUAUAGGGUUAUGAUAUAGGUAUAGGUUGUCUAUUAGUGAUCAAAAUAAUUGUAAUGUCCAUUAGUUAUUUAAGGCGCCCAGCGCAGAUGUAAAAUGGGCCGUUUCUACUUCCGAUUUUUUUUUAGAUUUACAUGCACUAUUUACACGAGAUGUUUUACACGAGCAACAAAUACGAACAACUGUCUAUAUACGCUUGCUAUAUAAGAUCUUAUUGCUUUAUCGUGUUACUCUUUUAUAAAAAUUUUUUUAUGAUUUCUUUAUUGCACAAGCCACUCUAUGUGAUCACUUUUUGUGCAAUUAUUAUAAACUGAUUCAUAUUUGAGUGUAAGAUUUUAUUUCCAUGAUUAAUUUUUUAAUUUUCCACAUAUUAAUUGCGAUUCUUGUGCACAUAUUGCUUUUUUAUUGGACAAAACACAAAAGUAGAGAAAUUGGAAGUACUUAUUUGGUCCUAAAAUAUUUAGUUUUUUUACACUCGAAAUUUCAAUACUCGAAUAAUCGAUUUACAUUUCUAUUUGUUUUUUUAGCCCCAUAUU